UUCUACUCAAAAGUCUCCCACUUUUUGUAUAUACAAAACAUUUAGGCAUUACAUAGUUUAUUGACAAAGCUCCAAACUUGGAACUAUCGCGAACCAAAAGGUUUUGGGUUAUCCAAGAAAAUGGGUUUUGAGGAGGCCUUGACUUGGUACUGCAAGCCAGUUUCAGACGGCUUUUGGGAAAAAGCAGCUGAUGCUGCGUUUGGCUCAUACACGCCAUGCGCUAUUGACUCACUUGUGAUGCUUGUUUCCCAUUUUGUUCUUCUUGGUUUGUGUUUCUACCGGAUAUGGACCAUCUUCCACAAUACCAAAGCUCAGAUAUAUGUUUUGAGGAACAAGUACUAUAACGUUGUGCUAGGGAUAUUAGCUUGUUACUGUUUUGUUGAGCCGGUGCUGAGAUUGGUCUUAGGGGUUUCACUCUUUGACAUGGAUGAAGACACUGAUCUUCCUCCCUUUGAGGUUGCAUCUUUAACUGUUGAGGCAUUUGCUUGGUUCUCCAUGCUUGUUUUGAUUGGGCUGGAAACCAAACAGUAUGUCAAAGAGUUUCGAUGGUAUGUGAGAUUUGGUGUUGUUUAUGUUUUGGUUGCUGAUGCUGUGCUACUGGACCUUGUGUUGCCUCUAAAGAACUCAAUCAACAGAACUGCCCUACAUCUCUGUAUCAGUUCAAGAUGUUCUCAGGCUCUUUUUGGGAUUCUUCUACUUGUUUACAUUCCGGAACUGGAUCCUUAUCCGGGAUACCAUAUUCUAAACAACGAACCUUUAGACAACGUUGAAUAUGAUGCACUUCGCGGGGGAGAGAACAUAUGUCCCGAGCGGCAUGCCAGCAUAUUUUCCAGAAUAUACUUUGGUUGGAUCACGCCACUUAUGCAGUUGGGCUACAGAAAACCCAUAACUGAAAAGGAUGUUUGGCAAUUAGAUAAGUGGGAUCAAACAGAAACUCUGUUCACAAGAUUCCAAAGAUGCUGGACAGAAGAAUCGCAGAGACGCAAGCCGUGGCUUCUCCGAGCACUGAAUAGUAGCCUUGGUGGAAGGUUCUGGUUAGGUGGUAUCUUUAAGAUUGGAAAUGACCUUUCCCAAUUUGUUGGACCGGUUGUACUGAGCCACCUAUUGCGGUCAAUGCAAGAAGGUGAUCCAGCUUGGGUUGGCUAUGUCUAUGCUUUCUUAAUUUUCAUUGGGGUGACACUUGGAGUGCUCUGUGAAGCUCAGUACUAUCAGAAUGUUUGGCGUGUGGGAUUUCGGUUGAGAUCAACUUUGGUUGCUGCUAUAUUCCAUAAAUCUUUAAGACUAACUCAUGAAGCUCGCAAGAGUUUUGCAUCUGGGAAGGUCACAAACAUGAUAACUACAGAUGCUAAUGCACUGCAGCAAAUAUCACAACAACUCCAUGGCUUAUGGUCAGCUCCUUUUCGCAUCAUUGUGUCUAUGAUUCUUCUCUACCAACAACUAGGAGUUGCUUCGCUUUUUGGUUCAUUGAUUCUGUUUCUCCUAAUUCCUCUCCAGACUGUGAUUAUAAGCAAAAUGCGGAAACUGACUAAAGAAGGGCUCCAGUGGACUGACAAAAGAGUCGGUAUCAUGAAUGAGAUUUUAGCAGCCAUGGAUACUGUAAAAUGCUAUGCAUGGGAAAAGAGCUUUGAGUCGCGGGUUCAAGGAAUUAGAAAUGAAGAGCUCUCAUGGUUUCGUAAAGCGCAGCUACUAUCAGCUUUUAACAGUUUUAUACUGAACAGUAUCCCAGUAGUUGUGACUGUAGUUUCAUUUGGGGUUUUCGUUCUGCUUGGAGGAGAUUUGACACCAGCCAGGGCAUUCACAUCGCUUUCUCUGUUUGCAGUUCUAAGAUUUCCUCUCAACAUGCUACCAAAUCUUCUAAGUCAGGUUGUUAACGCAAAUGUUUCACUUCAACGCAUUGAAGAACUACUUCUAAGUGAAGAGAGAAUUCUAGCAGAAAACCCACCUCUUCAACCAGGGGCUCCAGCCAUUUCCAUUAAGAAUGGAUAUUUUUCAUGGGAUUCAAAGGCAACUAAGCCCACAUUAUCCAAUAUUAAUUUGGAGAUUCCAGUCGGAAGCUUAGUGGCCAUUGUAGGUGGGACAGGAGAAGGUAAGACAUCACUUGUUUCGGCAAUGUUGGGGGAGCUGUCUCGUACCGAAACCUCAAGCGUUAUUAUUAGAGGCUCAGUAGCUUAUGUUCCUCAAGUUUCAUGGAUCUUCAAUGCCACUGUGCGUGAUAACAUAUUAUUUGGGUCGGGUUUUGAAGCUGGAAGAUAUUGGAGGGCGAUUGAUGCUACUGUCUUACAACACGAUCUUGAUUUGCUUCCGGGUCGUGAUCAUACAGAGAUUGGAGAACGGGGG